CCUUGGAGCUGGGGGUGCAGCCUUGAGGGGGUUCAGCUCAGCCUUCUCAGGAGCAGGGUGAGGUGAAAAAGCAAAUGCUGCCUUUGUGGUUUUCUCCCUGGGAUGCAGAGAGGUGACUGCCCUGCGUGGAGGGUCCCAUCCAGAUGGGUGCUGCAGCUGCGUGCAUCCAGAGCCAGCGGGCAUUAAAGAGGAGCCCCGGCCACCUGCAGCACUCUGCCUCUGAUGUUCUCCGAGUGAAACUUGAUGCUGUUCAGCAAGGACACACCUCUUCCAGGGUGUUGUGCAAAAUUCUGCAUUUUAACGUAGGGACAGGAAAUAUGAACAGAGCCGGGCAGAGCCCGCAGCAGCACCACUGGUUAGGCCACUGCUCCCCAGCUCCGUGGGAGCAGAUCGAAGUGUUUGCUUCUCUCACCAACCCCACUGUGACUUCUCAGUGCUUUGGGAGCCACGGCUCCCGCACCAACAGGUUUUGAAGGACUGGCAUUGCUGCUGCCUCCGGGAGCAGCUCUGCAGAGGCUGUUUUCCUCUUUUCUCUUCCUGCUCCAUUUCCUACGAUGGGUUUGUUGCAAAAGAUUCUCAUCCCCGUUUUGGGACUGGUUUUGGCCUUCUGUUUUUAUUCGUCGAGGGAGAAUUUCAAACCUGAGAUGCUGAAAGGGAAGCGUGUGAUCGUCACCGGAGCGAGCACCGGCAUCGGGGAGCAGAUGGCCUAUCACCUGGCACGGAUGGGAGCCCACGUCCUGGUCACGGCGCGGACAGAGGCAAAGCUGCAGCAAGUGGUGGAGCGGUGCCGGGCGCUGGGGGCCAGCUCAGCACGGCUGGUCAGCGGCAGCAUGGAGGACAUGGCCACCACCCGGCAGCUGGUGGAGGUGGCCGAGGCUGAACUGGGAGGCCUCGACAUGCUGAUUCUUAACCACGUUGGCAAGUCGUACUUCAAUUACUUUGAUGGAGAUGUUGGACAUGUCCAGAAGCUCCUGGACAUCAAUUUCCUGAGCUACGUGGCCAUGACAGUCUCUGCCCUGCCCAUGCUGAAGCGGAGCGGGGGUAGCAUCGUGGUGGUCUCCUCUAUGGCAGGUAAAGUUGGGUUUCCCUUUACGGUCCCUUACUCUGCAACUAAGUUUGCCCUGGAUGGAUUUUUCAGCUCUCUGAGGCAGGAAUUCAGCAUCCAGAGCGUUAACGUUUCCAUCACACUCUGCAUCCUUGGCUUCAUUGACACUGAGAACGCCAUGCGUGCGGCCGCCGACGUUCUCCUGAUGUCCCCGGCUCCCAAAGAGGAAUGCGCCUUGGAGAUCAUCAAAGGAGGAACCCUGCGUCAGCGGGAGGUCUAUUACCGCUACGCAUCCACCAAACUGCCGCUGCUGCUGCGGGAUUGGGCCGCCGAGCUGCUGGACCUGCUGGUGCGGCAGCGGUACCGACCCGAGCGGCUGCGGGCGGCCUGAAGGAUGCCACCGCCGGGCCGACAGCCGCCUCUGCUGGCCGCAGCCGUGCCUGCAGCCAUCCCCCGUCAGUUAGCUUUAAUAACCGCCUCGCCCCCGAGAGGAGCCGGCUGGGAUCCCCGGCUGAGCUGCGGAUUCCCGCAGGUGCGCCCUUCCUGCUUGGAAGCAGCCAUCCUGGUUGGAGCCCUUCCCCAAAACCUGGGGAAAGCAGUAACUAACUGAUUGUUAAGUGCAGCUUACUAACCUUGUUGUGUGCUCUGUGGAUUUGUUGUUGUUGUUUUGGUUUUAAUCUCUUUUUCCAUUACUAAACGCUGCUGCGAAUGGGCAUCGUUCCACUGACCCGCCUUUCUUUAAUUAUUGAAUACUGCAAUAAACCAUUAUUUCAUUGGAAGAAUAACAGCCUAGCUUGUUUUUCAUUUAGCUUAAAGUCCAACUUCAGUGCAAAUCUAUUCACCAAGUUAAUUCCUUGGGGUACAGUCCCUUACACAGACACUAACUGCAAAACACCCCUGGAUACACAGUGCUGCUUUGGUGUUGCCCUAAGCCAUAAGCUCAGUACAAAGCACAGUGCUCACUGAAGGCAAAACCUCAACGUGAGCCUGCAGUGAUGUGACACAGCUCCCCUCACCCCAGCACUGAUACCCGAGUGGUACUUCCAUCCAAAAUCACUGCCCACCCUGC